AUGUUUCCAUUCAGCAGAUGUUUGUUUUCAGUUGUGCUGCUUGUGUUUCUUGUUCGUUUGUGUGAUGGUGUGUUUAUAGAAAAGAAAGUGGAUCUAAGGAUCACCAAUGACUUGGGCAAUGGCUUGGAUCUAAACCUCCACUGUAAAUCCCAGGAUGAUGACCUUGGGGUUCAUGUCCUUGCCUCUCAUCAAUUCUUUGAAUUCAGUUUCCGACCAAACUUUUGGUCUUCUACGUUAUACUUCUGUAGGUUCUGGUGGGGAGGCGAGUCCCAUUGGUUUGACAUAUACGUUCAGAACAGGGAUGUUGGACGAUGCAGCAAGAAGUGCUGGUGGAUGAUAGAUCCAACUGGUCCUUGUUUACUGAAUGAUAAAGUUAAAAGAUACACUUAUUGCGAAAACUGGAAUGACCAACAGAUUCAGGGUUCAAGCCAAAUAGGGACAGGAAACAGCACAGCUAGAAUGUCCAAUGACUGA